CGCCCGGUACACAGAGGGUGGACGGCCGUGGGAGGAGGAAGGGCUGCAGCGGCACGAGCUGGCCAGGAGCAGCGGCAGCCGGACCACCAGCAGCGCCAGGCGCCGCCGCGCUCACCGAUGACGCGCCGGCCCGCGCGCACGGCCUGCGCCCCUCCCAAGAUGGCCGUCCGCGACCGACAGCGAGCGGCCCCCGGCCGACAGCAGACGGCCUCCGGGCGACGAGCGGCUUCCCGACGGCUGACGGCAGCGCUGCUGGUGGCGGCCCGGCUGGUGACGGCGGCGGCCGAGGGUCAGCCCGACCCGUCCGGCUGGCCGCCGCUGCAGUGUCAGUGUGACGCCGACCCGGCCGUGGUGGCGCUCUGCAGCAAGAGCUCGCUGUACCCGCCCGACAUCGCCGAGAGCGACUGGGAGACGAUCGGCGACCAGUACUACCAGAUCCUGACGAACCAGUCGCUGACCGACGCCGAGCGUCAGACGCGCUACGAGCCGCUGAUGACGCAGAGCGGUCUGGUCGGCGAAAACUUCACCAUGUUCGCCGACAAGUACGCAGCGCUGCAGGAGCUGCCGUCGGCCGAGCAGCUCAGCGCCAGCGCCAGCUACUGCUCGGUCCAGUUCAGCAACGUCACCGGCCUGCUGCCGUGCCUCUGCACAGGAGGCGGGAUGGCGGAGCUGACGCUGAAGAUAACCGACCCGACCAGUGACCAGUUCACCACCGACCCGGACACCUCCACACAGCUGGUCCUCGCCGUGGUCGAGGAGAGAUUGCGGGCCACGCUCGGCCUUUGGGUCGCCGAUGUGGCCAUCGACAGUGUCGAGUCGGGCAGCGCAAACAUACACAUCACCUUCUCAACGCUCAGCAGAACGAAAAUCGAACAGCAAUUUGACGGCAUCGAGGGCGUUCUGGGCCAGAGUGGGCCCCUGUCGGUGGCGGACGGCUCUCAGACCAUCGAGCUGGGCGCCGCCAGUCUCAACCUCAGAGUGCUGGCGUGCUCGGGCGCCGGGCUGACCCCGCCGGCCGACCUGCCCACCUCGGUCACCAUCGCCAGCACGGAGGAGGUGCUGGCCGGCGCGCGCGCCCGCUUCACCUGUCCGGCCGGGGAGCGGUUCUCGAGCGGUCAGCAGACGGUGAGCCGCCGCUGCGGCAGCCAGGAGCGGCUGGAGCCGGCCUCCGAGGAGCAGCUCACCUGUGUCAAUGUGACAGAGCCUGUUGAGGCGCCGGAGGCCACAACAUCUAUCGAUGAAUCCUCGGCCUCACCCUCGCCCUCGGGCUCAUCCAGCGCCACCGCCAGCCCCGAUCCGUCGAGUUCAAGCAGUGCUACAUCUCCUCAGACCGACGAAUCGUCGGCGCAGCCAUCCACCUACGAGCCGGAGCACUACGAAGAGAUCAACGUGGAGUGGAACGACGGCAAGUCCUUCAAGAAGGUGGACCCCAACAAGCCCAACCUGCUGAUGAGGAUUACCGUCCCGGCCGCCUCAGUGAUCUUUGUGAUGCUAGUGAUCUACCUGCUGUGCACGCGACCCGAGAGCUGCAUGUGCAACACGUGCGGCGGCGGCAAGCUCGAGGAGCUCAAGUAGAGCGCACAGCGGCCCGCACCGUCGGCUCGGCGCCGGUCCGCCGCCGUGGAACGCCUCUCGGGCCGGCGCCGACCCGACUGGGCCGGCCGGGCCCGUCACGGCCGGCGCCAUCGUCCAUCCAUUCAGUGUUCAGAUACUUUGACGCAAAUAUACGCUCGUGGUUUCAUGUGACUGCUGCGGUAAGAUGGCAGAGAGAGAGUGUAGACUGUAUACGAUCAAUUCGUUAAACAAUAGAGGUCGCCACCCAGCCCACUGAUGACGGUCUUCCUCCCAUUAGCGGACUUCGAAUACAAAUAAGUCCCCCAUACCGUCUCAGCGACUCAAUACUUGCGGGUCCCAUAAUGAACAUUCUAUCCCUCCUCCCCAAAGCCUAAGUGGCCUUUCAGUAUUUAUUUUGGUCAAGAAAACAAUAAAGUGCGAUGAAGAUGGUAUAUUUUCUGAAACAGCAAGAGCAUUACAGUUAGUAUCGUGAAGUGUUCACUGGCACACGAGCCAGGAAAUUUGGAGCUUUUUUAUC